AUGGCUAUUUUCGCUGACCCUCCAAUGGAUUCAAGUGAAAAAGAGGAAUAUCCACGGCUUAAACACGCGGCUCAAAGUUUCGUAAAAUGGUACACUCGGCUCGUAGCCGAUUUGAGGUUCUCGCUUACGGUUGUACUAGUUUGGAUCGUAUUUGUGGCUGGAGCUAUAGUGGGCUCGUCUUAUUCGACUGUGGAUCUCACAUCUCACAAAGUAUUCCUACCGGAUUCGAAGCUGCUAGAGCUGUUCAGCGAAUUCGUCAAUUACAAAGAUGCACUUCGAGACGAGCUGGGAGAGGAUCCAAGUGCCGGAACACUGGCCGCAUUCCUUCACUGGCCUGAAUAUUCCUACUAUAAUGGCUUCAUUAAACGAAGGAACGCUUCAGAUCCAGAAAAGGUUGAGCAGUUCAUGUUUGUCACUGGCUAUCGCGGAGCUCAGCUGAUAUCGUGGCAAGAAAAGAGACGUUUAUUGUAUUCACUGCGACGCGAGGUCGAUCGAUACGCAAAGUACGUUCCUCUGUUAGCAAUGUUGGGAUUCGUUAAAGAGAAAAAUACGUUAAAAUUUGCAGACGAUCCCAGUUAUCACUUGGCAGACAGGGCUGGCAACGUUCGUGUGCGUGAUAGUCGUGUAUUCGGCUACAUGUCGUUGUUUGGUACGACACUCGACCCAAUAGUGAUGUCCAUUUUAAUCAUGUGUGUCGGAUUCAGCGUCGAUAUACCGGCCCAUGUGUCGUUCCAUUUCCACGCAUCGAGAUCACAAGUAAUUAAACGGUCAAAUUGCUCAACUAUAAACUCUAAUGGUGGAGAGGUCUCUGUGAAUGAAGAUGGUGAAGAAUCGUGCUUCAAAUCAAAGCGGGAUUAUCCACAAUUCUAUGUGCGCUACCGCUUUGCUUUCGUGCCAUUAUACAUGGCUCAGGGAUUUUCUACGGCAAUGUUGCUGUGCAUAUCAUUUUCUAUGAUUCAUGGCGUCGUCAUUCUACCCGCUAUGUUCUGCCUCUAUGAUCGAGCCUCCAUCGCCAUACGAAAGUGGAUCUCAACCAGUCGAAGAAAGAAGCGUUGUGUACCAGCGUAG